CACGAACGGACGUGUGGCGCUGGUGCUCUCGAGAGGAAAAAUUAUCCCCCCCCCCCUCAUCCUCUUCCAUCGUCACACCUUUUUUUUUUUUUAAUCGAAACAAGACUCCCUUUUUUAUUUAAAAAAAAUCUCCCUCCGUGUGUGUCGUGAUACCUGUUGGUUGCGGGGCUAACUUGAGCCGAUUGCCUGUGCUGUGUCGAACUCUAGGAGCGUGUUUAGUAUCAUUAAAAAAAUAGUAAUCCCGAAAGAGCUCUUAAUCAAAACUCGAGCGCAUAUCCGUUAAGACUUAAAAUAAAAAUAUCGAGUAAUUAAAAGAGAAAGAGAGGAAACUAAACCGCGAAGAUGGUGGUCGAAGACAAGAAGAAGACGAGCAAAGCCGGAGCGAAGGACAAGCGGCCGAUUACGCCGUCGGAGAAAUGCAUCUGCCAGAUCUGCACGUGUGGGCGCCACAGAUGUCCCCACUCGCAGCCCACCGCGCGGCGCUGGCAGCAUACAGCCCUCUACGACGAAUCUGCCGAAAUCUCCUACUCCACUGAACAGAGCUCGGCCUACCGCUCCUACUCGACCUCCGAACACCAGGCGGCGCUCAAGAUGGAGAGGAAGCAGUACGGGGACAAGUCCAACGUCGACGGCCGGUUAGAGCUGUCUGAGGCUCGAGACUCACAGAGCCUCAGCCACGGCCUCGACCAGCAGAGUUCCUCGUUCUCAGCAGUUCAGCAGAGCUCCUCCUCCUCCUCCAGCAAGGUCCAGCAGAGCAGCUCGGAACAGAAGCAGUUCUCGUCCUCCAGCAUUAGCCAAGAGCGCGUGAGUAGUAGCUCUCUGCAGCAACAGCAGACCAAGGAGGAGCUUCAGCGCUUUGCCGAAACGCUUACUCUCAAGGACGACCUGUUCAGUACGCAGGAACAGCAACAACAGCUACAGGGGAGAGUCACCUCACACGGCGCGCACACUGCCGGGCAGGAUACACAGGUAACCACAGAUUCGGACUCGCUCAGUAUCUCGAAAAAUGUCGAAUCGAAGUCGUCCUCGAUGGCAGCCACGUCCUCGUCCCAAGUUUCGAAGUCGGUCUCUUCCUCGCACGUGUCCUCCUCUUCUUCUACCUCGAUGGUCAAGGAACAGCGCUCGUCCUCGUCCUCGAAGAAGGUAUCGAGUACGGAGGAGAGCUUCAGCGUCUCCGGACAGAGCUCGCGCGACUACCGAAGCAGCAGCAGCAGCAGCAGCAGGAAGGAAUCCUCGGAGAGCAAGAGCAUGUCGCAGCAGAAGAAGAGCGUGUCGCAGGAAGUGAAGAUGGUGAAACAGAACGAGAGUCGGCAGCAGUUGUCGUCCAUGGAGAGUCAGCAGAUGACAGAGCAACAGAUGAUAGAGCAGCAGCAUCUGCAGCAGGGGCGUGAGAGCCAGGUCGCUUCGAUAGAGCACCAGCGCGGACAGGACCUGAGCGUCUCAGAAAGACUCGCCUCGAAGGAGCAGCAACAACAGGUAUCCCUCUCGAGCCAGGAGUCAUCUUCGGUGAGCCAACAGAUGUCAUCCAUGAGCCAGAAAAUGUCGUCGACCAGCGAAAGGGUUUCGCAGACGUCAUCAACGAGCCAACAAAUCUCGUCUUCGUCCAGCGAACAGGUGUCGCAGUCGAGCCAAGAGUUCUCCUCCACGAGACAGCACGUCUCGUCGAGCGAGCAGAACAUCUCGCAGAGCCUUCAGGUUUCCCACAGCGAGGAGACGUCGAGGCGGGAAGCGACGAUGGCCAGCCAGCAGAUUAGCUCAGAGUCACGAGUCACCGCCGGCCAGCACGUGGUCGACGGAACAGUGGCCAGAAAUCGCCAAGACGUUUCCAGCCUCCAGUUAGGCAAAGGAGAUUACUUCGGAAAAAGCACAGAGAAAGUGGAAUACAUGACCGUCUCAGGCCAUGCCCUGACAUCAGGCAGAAGAGCAGACAAUCUCAAACUCCAAGGCGAUCUCUACUACCCCGAGAAAACCUCCCCAGGCAAGGGAGACCGAGCAGACGUCAAAAGGCCCUCGGACAAUUUGAGACCCCAAGGUGACUUCACCGCCCCCGAGAAGACUUCACCCGGAAAGGGAGACCGAGCAGACGUCAGAAAACCCACAGACAAUUUGAGAACCGAAGGAGACUUCACCGGGAAAGAAAAGACCUCCCCGGGCAAGGGAGACCGAGCAGACGUCAAGAGACCCUCAGAUAACCUAAGACCAGAAGGAGACUUCAUCGCUCCGGACAAGACCUCACCGGGCGUUGGCGACCGCGCGGCCGUCAGGAGACCACAGGACAACCUAGCUCCGUCUGGCGAUUUCGAGGGUGUCAGCACAAGUAAAGACCAAUACAUUGUUGUCCAGGGAGAUCGAGCCGAUGUAAAGCGCUACCAAGAUUCUCUGAAAGUCGACGGGGAGUUUACCAGUGUCACUUCCAGCAAAGAGUCUUUCCAGAAACACGAAUCCAUCUCACACUCGGAGCGCGUUGUGCACCAGGACAACAUCAGACUCGAGGGUGACAUGGAAACGAUGAGAACGUCCUCGCAAAGUGAGUACAUUGAGAGGGCAGGCGACAGGCCCAAGUUACAAAGGAAGAAGACCUGGACCAAGCUGGAGGGAGAAAUGUACAUGAACAGGUCCAGCGAUGAAUACCAGUCCUAUCAACAGACUGAGAGGAGUCAGGUUAUCAGGCAUGAAGACAACCUUAAAAUGGAAGGUGUUAUGGAAGGACUUACUAAGGAUACUUCACCAAUGAAGGGUGAAAGAGCACCAGCCAAGCGACAUCCUGACAACCUGAAACUGGAAGGAAACUUUGAAGGAAAGUCACCAGAAGGUGCUCCUCUGGGAGAGAGAGCACCAAUGAAGAAAUAUCCUGACAAUUUGAAGCUUGAAGGUGACUUUGAAGGGAAACCUCAGGAUGGAGUACCAAUGGGUGACAGGGCUCCAAUGAAGCGAUAUCCAGAUAACUUAAAGUUAUCUGGUGAUUUUGAAGGUCGCCCAGAAGAGGGAGCUCCUAUUGGCCAAAGAGAAUCCAUCCAAAGGUAUCCUGAUAAUCUCAGGAUGGAGGGUGAAUUCACAGGACGUUCCCGAAGCCGCAGUCCUGUCAAGGGUGAGCGGUCCAUGAUCAAACGUCAUCCUGAUAAUCUAAAAAUGGAAGGGACCUUCGAGGGCAUGGAACGAAGUAGAAGCCCAACAAAGGGAGAGCGAGUACCAACUAAGAAGCAUCCUGACAACCUUAGGGUCGAGGGAGAUUUUCUCGGGAAGUCGCCUGAAGCUGCUCCUAAGGGUGAGCGAGCAGCAAUCAAAAAGCAUCCGGAUAAUCUAAAAAUUGAAGGAGACUUUGAGCCAAAACCCAGAGGUCGAAGCCCAACAAAGGGUGAAAGGGCCAAAACUAAGAAACAUCCUGAUAACUUAAAGGUGGAAGGAGAUUUUGAAGGAAAACCAAGGGAAGCAGCACCUAAAGGAGACAGGGCAGCUAUAAAGAAACAUGAAGAUAACCUGAAGAUGGAAGGCACACACACAAUGAGGGAGAGGAGCAAGAGCCCGGUCAAAGGGGAGAGAGCUCCAAUCAAAAAGCAUCCUGACAACCUAAAACUUCAAGGAGACUUCGAAGGGAAGCCUCAUGAUGAAGCUCCACUUCGAGGUGAGAGGGCCAAAGUCAUUCGACAUGCAGACCAAUUGCACAUGGAAGGAGAUUUCAAUAUGGAGAAGAAGGAACAGGUAACAUUCAAGGGGGAGAGAGUUGAAAUUACAAGGCAUGAAGAUAAUUUGAGGAUGGAGGGAAGCUUUACAGGGAAAGAAACUGAAUAUCAGCAGUUCAAGGGAGAAAGAAGUAAAGUUGUAAGACAUGAGGAUAACCUUCGAAUGCAAGGAGACUUUAUCGGCAAGGAAUAUGAAGAAGUGACUAUUGGAGAACGGGCACCAGUUAAAAGACACCCAGACAAUUUGCGAAUGGAAGGAGACUUCCAAGCUCCAAAACCAGGUGAAGCUCCAAGAGGGGAAAGAGCCCCUGUUAGACGCCACCCUGACAACCUAAAAAUGACUGGAGACUUCCAAGGAAAAGAAGAAGAUUACAGAAUUGUACGUGGAGAAAGAGUAGAGGUUGUCCGGCGUGAGGACAACUUGCGCAUGGAAGGAGAAUUCAUAGGUAAGGAGUAUGAGGAAGUUAUUGUAGGUGAAAGAGCACCAGUAAAAAGACACCCAGACAAUCUUCGAAUGGAUGGAGACUUUUAUGCCCCUGGUCCUGAAGAUGCUCCACGUGGAGAAAGAGCUCCUGUUAAGAAACAUCCUGAUAACCUUAAGCUAGGUGGAGACUUCCAAGGAAAACCUCGUGAAGAUGCUCCAUAUGCUGAAAGAGCUCCAGUGAAGAAACACCCAGACAAUCUUCGAAUGGAUGGAGACUUCUAUGCCCCAACUCCUGAGGAUGCUCCUCGUGGUGAGAGGGCCCCAGUAAAACGUCAUCCAGAUAAUUUACGCAUGACUGGAGAUUUUAUUGGUAAGGAAGAAGAGUACAUUAACAGGCGGGGAGAGAGAGUUGAAAUUGUGCGUCGUGAGGACAAUCUCCGAAUGGAGGGAGAAUUUAUUGGCAAAGAAUAUGAACAGGUAACAAUUGGAGAGAGGGCUCCUGUCAAGAAGCAUCCUGACAACCUAAAGAUGGUCGGUGACUUUGAAGGAAAGCCUCGUGAAGAUGCUCCUUAUGCUGAAAGAGCUCCUGUUAAGAAACACCCAGACAACCUUCGAAUGGAUGGAGCCUUUUAUGCUCCUACACCUGAAGAUGCUCCUCGAGGUGAAAGAGCGCCUGUAAAACGUCAUCCAGAUAACUUACGCAUGACUGGAGACUUCAUAGGCAAGGAAGAAGAAUACACUAUCAAGCGAGGAGAGAGAGUGGAAGUUGUUCGACGUGAGGACAAUCUGCGCAUGGAGGGAGAGUUUAUUGGCAAAGAGUAUGAACAGGUAACAAUUGGAGAAAGAGCCCCAGUCAAGAAGCAUCCUGACAAUCUCAAAAUGGUUGGAGAUUUUGAAGGAAAGCCACGUGAAGAUGCUCCAUAUGCUGAAAGAGCACCAGUAAAGAAACAUCCAGACAAUCUCCGUAUGGAUGGAGACUUCUAUGCUCCAACACCAGAGGAUGCACCACGUGGUGAGAGAGCACCUGUAAAACGUCAUCCAGACAACUUACGUAUGACUGGAGACUUCAUUGGCAAGGAAGAAGAAUACACAAUCAAACGAGGAGAGAGAGUGGAAGUUGUCCGACGUGAGGAUAAUCUUCGUAUGGAGGGAGAAUUUAUUGGCAAAGAGUAUGAACAAGUAACAAUAGGAGAAAGGGCCCCAGUUAAAAAGCAUCCCGACAAUCUCAAGAUGGUUGGAGACUUUGAAGGAAAGCCCCGUGAAGAUGCUCCAUAUGCUGAAAGAGCUCCUGUUAAGAAACACCCAGAUAAUCUUCGAAUGGAUGGAGACUUCUAUGCUCCCACCCCAGAAGAUGCACCACGUGGUGAAAGGGCUCCAGUCAAGAAACAUCCUGACAAUCUUAAGCUAGGUGGAGACUUCCAAGGAAAGCCUCGUGAAGAUGCUCCAUAUGCUGAAAGAGCUCCUGUCAAGAAACACCCAGACAAUCUUCGAAUGGAUGGAGAUUUCUAUGCUCCCACCCCAGAAGAUGCACCACGUGGUGAAAGGGCUCCAGUCAAGAAACAUCCUGACAAUCUUAAGCUAGGUGGAGACUUCCAAGGAAAGCCACGUGAAGAUGCUCCAUAUGCAGAGAGAGCUCCAGUCAAGAAACACCCAGACAAUCUUCGAAUGGAUGGAGACUUCUAUGCUCCUACUCCUGGAGAUGCUCCACGUGGUGAAAGGGCUCCAAUCAAGAAACAUCCUGACAAUCUUAAAAUGGUUGGAGACUUUGAAGGAAAGCCUCGUGAAGACGCUCCAUAUGCUCAGAGAGCUCCAGUGAAGAAACACCCAGACAACUUGCGAAUGGAUGGAGACUUCUAUGCUCCUUCUCCAGAAGAUGCUCCUAGAGGGGAAAGAGCUCCUGUUAAGAAACAUCCUGAUAACCUUAAGCUAGGUGGAGACUUCCAAGGAAAGCCUCGUGAAGAUGCUCCUUAUGCUGAAAGAGCUCCUGUCAAGAAACACCCAGAUAAUCUUCGUAUGGACGGAGACUUCUAUGCUCCUACACCUGAAGAUGCUCCCAGAGGAGAAAGAGCACCUGUUAAACGACAUCCUGAUAAUCUUCGCAUGACAGGAGACUUCAUUGGUAAAGAAGAAGAGUAUACUAUUAAACGAGGAGAGAGAGUAGAAGUUGUUAGGCGUGAAGACAAUCUCCGUAUGGAGGGAGAGUUUAUUGGGAAGGAAUAUGAGCAGGUCACUGUAGGGGAAAGGGCACCAGUCAAGAAACAUCCUGAUAAUCUUAAGAUGGUCGGAGAUUUUGAAGGGAAACCACGUGAAGAAGCUCCUUAUGCUCAAAGAGCUCCAGUCAAGAAACACCCUGACAAUCUUCGAAUGGAUGGGGACUUUUAUGCUCCAUCACCAGAAGAUGCACCACGUGGUGAGAGAGCACCUGUAAAACGUCAUCCAGAUAACUUACGCAUGACAGGAGACUUCAUAGGCAAGGAAGAAGAAUACACUAUCAAGCGAGGAGAAAGAGUGGAAGUUGUCCGACGUGAGGACAAUCUUCGUAUGGAGGGAGAAUUUAUUGGCAAAGAGUAUGAACAGGUAACAAUUGGAGAAAGAGCCCCAGUCAAGAAGCAUCCUGACAAUCUCAAAAUGGUUGGAGACUUUGAAGGAAAGCCUCGUGAAGAUGCUCCUUAUGCAGAGAGAGCUCCAGUCAAGAAACACCCAGACAACCUUCGAAUGGAUGGAGACUUCUAUGCUCCAACUCCUGGAGAUGCUCCUCGUGGUGAAAGGGCUCCAAUCAAGAAACAUCCUGACAAUCUGAAGAUGGUUGGAGACUUUGAAGGAAAGCCUCGUGAAGAUGCUCCAUAUGCAGAGAGAGCUCCAGUCAAGAAACACCCAGACAACCUUCGAAUGGAUGGAGACUUCUAUGCUCCAACUCCUGGAGAUGCUCCUCGUGGUGAAAGGGCUCCAAUCAAGAAACAUCCUGACAAUCUUAAGAUGGUUGGAGACUUUGAAGGAAAGCCUCGUGAAGACGCUCCAUAUGCAGAGAGAGCUCCAGUCAAGAAACACCCAGACAAUCUUCGAAUGGAUGGAGAUUUCUAUGCUCCUACUCCUGGAGAUGCUCCUCGUGGUGAAAGAGCUCCAUUCAAGAAACAUCCUGACAAUCUCAGAAUGGUUGGAGACUUUGAAGGAAAGCCUCGUGAAGAUGCUCCAUAUGCAGAGAGAGCUCCAGUCAAGAAACACCCAGACAACCUUCGAAUGGAUGGAGACUUCUAUGCUCCAACACCAGAGGAUGCACCACGUGGUGAGAGAGCACCUGUAAAACGUCAUCCAGAUAACUUACGCAUGACUGGAGACUUCAUUGGCAAGGAAGAAGAAUACACAAUCAAACGAGGAGAGAGGGUGGAAGUUGUUCGGCGUGAGGACAAUCUUCGCAUGGAAGGAGAAUUCAUUGGUAAGGAGUAUGAACAAGUCACAGUAGGAGAAAGAGCCCCAGUCAAGAAACAUCCUGACAAUCUUAAGAUGGUUGGAGACUUUGAAGGAAAGCCUCGUGAAGAUGCUCCUUAUGCAGAGAGAGCUCCAGUAAAGAAACACCCAGACAAUCUUCGAAUGGAUGGAGACUUCUAUGCUCCUACCCCAGAAGAUGCUCCUCGAGGUGAAAGAGCUCCUGUCAAGAAGCAUCCUGACAAUCUAAAGAUGGUUGGAGACUUUGAAGGAAAGCCUCGUGAAGAUGCUCCAUAUGCAGAGAGAGCUCCAGUCAAGAAACACCCAGACAAUCUUCGUAUGGAUGGAGAUUUCUAUGCUCCUACUCCUGGAGAUGCUCCUCGUGGUGAGAGGGCUCCAAUCAAGAAACAUCCUGACAAUCUCAGAAUGGUUGGAGACUUUGAAGGAAAGCCUCGUGAAGAUGCUCCAUAUGCAGAGAGAGCUCCAGUCAAGAAGCAUCCUGACAACCUUCGAAUGGAUGGAGACUUCUAUGCUCCAACUCCUGAGGAUGCUCCUCGUGGUGAAAGAGCUCCAGUCAAGAAACAUCCUGACAAUCUCAGAAUGGUAGGAGACUUUGAAGGAAAGCCUCGUGAAGAUGCUCCUUAUGCAGAGAGAGCUCCAGUCAAGAAACACCCAGACAAUCUUCGUAUGGAUGGAGAUUUCUAUGCUCCAACUCCUGGAGAUGCUCCUCGUGGUGAAAGGGCUCCAAUCAAGAAACAUCCUGACAAUCUUAAGAUGGUUGGAGACUUUGAAGGAAAGCCUCGUGAAGAUGCUCCAUAUGCAGAGAGAGCUCCAGUCAAGAAACAUCCUGACAACCUCCGAAUGGAUGGAGAUUUCUACGCUCCAACUCCUGGAGAUGCUCCUCGUGGUGAAAGGGCUCCAAUCAAGAAACAUCCUGACAAUCUCAGAAUGGUUGGAGACUUUGAAGGAAAGCCUCGUGAAGAUGCUCCAUAUGCAGAGAGAGCUCCAGUCAAGAAACAUCCUGACAACCUCCGAAUGGAUGGAGAUUUCUACGCUCCAACUCCUGGAGAUGCUCCUCGUGGUGAAAGGGCUCCAAUCAAGAAACAUCCUGACAAUCUCAGAAUGGUUGGAGACUUUGAAGGAAAACCACGUGAAGAUGCUCCUUAUGCUGAAAGAGCUCCUGUUAAGAAACACCCAGACAACCUUCGAAUGGAUGGAGACUUCUAUGCACCAUCACCUGAAGAUGCACCUCGUGGUGAGAGAGCACCUGUAAAACGUCAUCCAGAUAACCUACGCAUGACUGGAGACUUUAUUGGUAAAGAAGAAGAAUACACUAUCAAGCGAGGAGAGAGAGUGGAAGUUGUUCGCCGAGAAGAUAACCUACGUAUGGAGGGAGAAUUCAUUGGAAAGGAAUAUGAGCAAGUCACAGUAGGAGAAAGAGCACCCAUCAAGAAACAUCCUGACAAUCUUAAAAUGGUUGGAGACUUUGAAGGAAAGCCUCGUGAAGAAGCUCCUUAUGCAGAGAGAGCCCCGGUUAAAAAGCACCCAGACAAUCUUCGGAUGGAUGGAGACUUCUAUGCUCCUACUCCUGGAGAUGCUCCUCGUGGUGAAAGGGCUCCAAUUAAAAAGCAUCCUGAUAAUCUCAGAAUGGUUGGAGACUUUGAAGGAAAGCCUCGUGAAGACGCUCCAUAUGCAGAGAGAGCUCCAGUCAAGAAACACCCAGACAAUCUUCGUAUGGAUGGAGACUUCUAUGCUCCUACUCCUGGAGAUGCUCCUCGUGGUGAAAGGGCUCCAAUUAAAAAGCAUCCUGAUAAUCUCAGAAUGGUUGGAGACUUUGAAGGAAAGCCUCGUGAAGACGCUCCAUAUGCAGAGAGAGCUCCAGUCAAGAAGCAUCCUGAUAACCUCCGAAUGGAUGGAGAUUUCUAUGCUCCUACUCCUGGAGAUGCUCCUCGUGGUGAAAGGGCUCCAAUCAAGAAGCAUCCUGACAAUCUCAGAAUGGUUGGAGACUUUGAAGGAAAGCCUCGUGAAGACGCUCCAUAUGCAGAGAGAGCUCCAGUCAAGAAACAUCCAGACAAUCUCCGAAUGGAUGGAGACUUCUACGCUCCAACACCUGAAGAUGCACCACGUGGUGAGAGAGCACCAGUGAAACGUCAUCCCGAUAACUUGCAAAUGACUGGUGAGUUUGUUGGCAAAGAAGAGGAAUUCAUAUUCAAGCGGGGAGAGAGGGUUGAUGUUGUUCGCCGAGAAGACAAUCUGCGGAUGGAAGGAGAAUUUAUUGGCAAAGAACAUGAGCAAGUAACUGUGGGAGAGAGGGCUCCAGUGAAGAGACAUCCUGACAACCUUCGAAUGGAUGGUGACUUCUACGCUCCAACUCCAGAAGAUGCACCAAAAGGUGAAAGAGCACCUGUAAAACGUCAUCCAGACAACCUUCGUAUGACAGGGAAAUUCGAAGGAAAGGAAGAGGAACACGUUUUUACUCGAGGGGAAAGAGCAGAAAUUGUGCGUAGAGAAGACAACCUCCAUAUGGUAGGAGAAUUUAUUGGUAAAGAAUAUGAAGAGGUUAAAAUUGGUGAAAGGGUAUCUGUGAAGAAACAUGAAGAUAAUCUUAGAAUGGAUGGACAAUUCUAUGCUCCAACCCCAGAAGAUGCUCCACGUGGUGAAAGGGCUCCAAUCAAGAAACAUCCUGACAACCUUAGAAUGGUUGGAGACUUUGAAGGAAAGCCUCGUGAAGAUGCUCCAUAUGCAGAGAGAGCUCCAGUCAAGAAACACCCAGACAAUCUUCGUAUGGAUGGAGACUUCUAUAGCUCCAGUCAAGAAAAUGCUCCUCGUGGUGAAAGGGCUCCAGUCAAGAAACAUCCUGACAAUCUCAGAAUGGUUGGAGACUUUGAAGGAAAGCCUCGUGAAGAUGCUCCAUAUGCUGAGAGAGCUCCAGUCAAGAAGCAUCCUGACAAUCUUCGAAUGGAUGGAGACUUCUAUGCUCCUACUCCUGGAGAUGCUCCUCGUGGUGAAAGGGCUCCAGUCAAGAAACAUCCUGACAAUCUCAGAAUGGUUGGAGACUUUGAAGGAAAGCCACGUGAAGAUGCUCCAUAUGCAGAAAGAGCUCCAGUAAAGAAACACCCAGACAAUCUUCGAAUGGAUGGAGACUUCUAUGCUCCAUCACCUGAAGAUGUUCCUCGUGGAGAAAGAGCUCCAGUUAAGAAGCAUCCUGACAAUCUCAGGCCAGAAGGAGAUUUCAUGGGACGGCCAAGAGAUCAACAGCCUCUUAUUGGUGACAGAGCCCACAUUAGGAAGCUAGAAGAUAAUCUGCACAUGGAAGGUGACUGGAUUGGCCAAUCAAGUACACACUAUGAUUAUCCAGUUGUAAGUGGAGUGCGUCAGGAGGUGUACAGGCACUCAGACAAUUUGAAACAAGAAGGGGAAUUCAUGGGUAAAACACAUUUCACUGAUGACUACCAGCUCCAUCAGGUACAGCGCUCACAAGCAGUCAAGCACAAAGACAAUCUGACUAUUGAAGGAAAAUAUCACCUUGAGACAUUGCAAAAGGAUGCAUACAAGAUCCAUAAAGGUGUUCGAGCUGAAAUAAAGAAACACAGUGAUAAUCUCCACCUUGAAGGAGAUUUUACUGGACGUCCAAAUGAGUUAGCACCUCUUAAGGGAGAUCGAGCAUCCAUUGUACGCCAUCCCGAUCACCUAAGACCUGCUGGAGAAUUUGAGGGAAAGCCCACAGAAGAAGCACCACGAGGAGAGCGUGCCCCUGUCAAGAAACAUCCAGAUAAUCUUAAGAUGGAGGGUACCUUUGAAGGGAAACCACUCGACGAGAGUCCGCUGAGGGGAGAGAGAGCUACCAUCAAGAAACACGAAGAUUCUCUGAAGAUGGAAGGCAGCUUUGAGGGUCGACAUGUAUCUGCAGUUAAACGAGGUGAACGUGCAGAAAUUCAGAAACACACCGACACCUUGAAAAUGGAGGGAGAUAUGACAUUCAUUCGUGAAGAAGCUGCUACAAGAGGAGAGAGGGCAGAGAUCAGCAGACAUGCAGACAACUUAAAGAUGGAAGGAGAUUUAGAAAUAACAAAGAAGACAUUUGCUACUAAAGGAGAAAGAGCCACAACUCAGAAGUAUGAGGAUACCUUGAAAAUGGAGGGAGACAUGCUGAUCACUAAGAAGGAAAUGGUGACUAAAGGAGAGAGAGCAGAGAUAAAGAAACACAAGGACAGCCUUAAAAUCGACGGGGAAUUCGAAGGAAAGAAAAAGUCUGCAGUCCUGCGAGGAGAACGAGCAGAAGUAAAGAAACAUAAGGACAAUCUAAAAAUGGAGGGUGACAUGAAUAUUGAAAAGAGAACUUCUGUAGUCAAGGGUGAACGAGCGACUAUCAAAAGGCAUGAAGAUUCAUUAAAACUUGAGGGUGACAUGACCUUUACAAAAGAAGAGAGCAUUGGAAGGGGAGAAAGAGCACAUAUCAAGAAGCAUGAAGAUACAUUGAAAAUGGAAGGAUCGUUUGAAGGACGAAGGAAAUCUGCUGCAGCUGGCAAGGGUGAAAGGGCAGAUGUGAAGAAGCCUAAGGAUAACCUGAAGACAGAGGGUGAGUUUAGAACCACUCGGAAGUCUGCUGUGACAAAAGGUGAGCGUGCAGAGAUAAAGAAACAUGAAGACAAUUUGAAGAUGGAAGGAAAGCUUGAGAUAACGAAGGAAACCUCGUCGGUUGUCAAAGGUGAAAGAGCUGAGAUAAAGAAGCAUGAAGACUCUCUGAAAAUGGAAGGCUCUUUCGAAGGAAGGAGAAAGAGUGCAGCAACCUUCAAAGGAGAACGAGUUGAAAUCCGAAAACACGAAGAUCAUCUGAAAAUGGAAGGGACUUUCGAAGGAUUCCAGAGGACAAGUACACCUACUAAAGAUGGUGUGAAAAGAAAUGAAACCUUCAAAGUAAAGGGCGAACGAGCACAAGUCAAGAAACAUGAAGACAACCUGAAGAUGGAAGGAGAGUUCUAUGCACAAUCUCCGAACAUUAGCCCUAUUAAAGGAGACCGAGCAGACGUGAAAAAGCCAAAAGAUAACUUGAGUGUGACGGGGCCCUUUGAAGGCAGACCUAAAGAAGGACCUGGAGUUGGAGAACGUCCACCACCAUACAAAUAUGAUGAUAAUCUCAAAAUGGAGGGUGACUUCGAAGGUAGGAGAAGAGGAUCACCUGGAAAGGGUGAACGUCUUCCUCAGAAGAGGCAUCCUGACAAUCUCAAGAUGGAAGGGAGUAUGGAUGGACGUACAAAAGAAAGCCCUGGAACAGGGGAAAGACUUCCUCAGAAGCGGUACCCAGAUAACCUUAAGCUAGAUGGAAGCUUUGAGGGUAAAACCAAAGAAAGUCCAGGUGCUGGUGAAAGACUGCCACAGAAAAGAUACCCUGAUAACCUCAAGGUCGAAGGUGACUUUGCGGGUCGUCCCAAAGGUAGUCCAGGAGCAGGUGAACGGCUACCUCAGAAGCGCUAUCCCGACAACCUGAAGAUGGAAGGAGACUUUGAAGGUCGGCGACGAUCUUCUUCAGGCAAAGGAGACAGAGCUUCACCCACGAAAUAUGAAGACAGUCUGAAACUUGAAGGAGAGUUUACAGGAUCCAGAAGAGAGAGUGCAGUUGUUAAUGGGAAAGCAGAGGUUCAGCAAUCACAAGUUAGUGUAGCUGGAAGUAGUGGUAAGAUCCGACGUGACACUGUAGUGCUGAAAUCUGGAGAAUCCAUGGCAACUAAAUUAGCAUCGGAAUCUGUAACCUCCAAGACAGAAGAAUCAUCCUCAAUUCAGAAGUCCAGUUCUGCAAAGAGUGACACAAGCACUAACAAAGAUGUGAGGACAGUCGAGUCAUACACAGCCGAUGGGCGUAAAGUCACCCGAAUAAUAACCAAAGAAAGCAGGGAAACAAAGUCAGCCACACGUGCCGAGUCCAGGGCUACCAGUGUAAAGUCCACUACUGAAGAACGUAAGAUAUCAUCUGCUGAGGCCAAGCUUGAAGCUUCUUCUUCGCUGAGUACAUCCCAUGCCAGAGGGACAAAGGAAAAAUCUCCCACACCUGCAACAACGCCUACUGGUCGUGGUCGCCAUAACCAGUCCUCUUUCUCCUUAGGUGAGGAUUCCAGUAAGAUGGAAACAACCACACGUUCAACAGGUAUGAAACAUUCCACAUCUAAGAGCAACAUCAAUUUAGGUCUUGAAAUCAGUAAAGGAGAAUCCACAGCCACAACACGAGAGAUGGCUUCAUCCCUACGACAAGCAGAAGCUCUAGACCUCCGAGGCAGCACCAAGGUAGAUGCCUCUUCCUCCUCCUCCGCGUCUCAUGGCGCCACCCAUUCCUCACACAUCGCCGGCAGCAGCCAAGAAGAAUAUCGCAAGUGGUCCGCCAACCAUCAGCAACAGAGCGAGCAGAGGCGAGUGUCCUCCAGCAGCUCGGCCAGCAACCGCGUAGAGCAGCGAGUGACGAGAGGGCGUGGCAACGCGUCGUCCAUCACCUUCCACUCCGAGUACGACCCCUGGAGGGACGCCACCAUCACCCGGCGGGGGGAGUGGCAGAUCGUGACCCCGUGCCCCGCCUCCCUGCUCGACACCCGCGCCUCCAACUACAGACCGAAGGAGAACGCGCCCAAACCCAAGGAGCACAAGUUUUACCUCCCCAUAGUUGAGUGAGUGUGAGGCUUCCGUAGACAAAAGGACUUAAUUUGAAAAACCGUUUAAACUAUGAAGACAAACCGCCUUACAUGAUCCAAGUAAAAGGUCAUGUUAGAUAUUAAUGAUUCCUUUUAUUUUUGCACAGUAAUGCUCAUUUAACCUGUGAUGUUGACUGCCUUAAGACUGAUUCUCCAGUGUUUCUACAGUAGGAAAUGCUUAAGCUGUGAUUACUUCAAAAAGUAAGAAAAAGGGUAUACACUUGAAGAUUAUAUACAGAGCAGCUGUAAUAUUCUUGUAUGUGACAUUUCGACGAAGUGCUUUUGAAGUUGUUACAUCCCAUGCCAUUUUUACUUAUUUUUAUAAUCUAGAAUAAGACUGUAGCAUUUUUUCUCAAUCAAAACGAACGAAGACAAUAGUCUGUGCUUUCUGUACUAUUAGUGGGAAACUUUUUAACUCGAAAGGGAUAAUAUACACACACAUAUUAUAUACAACAUAUAUAAAUAUAUAUUUUUUAUCACAGUGUUCAACUUUUAACGCAAAAGAGAAAAAAAAGCAGAAACAAAGAGUAGUUCUUAGCAGGCGUUCCGUUUGCCUUUGCGUCUCGGGAUUUAGGGGACAUCUCCUGGGACGUGACGGCAAACAACGCCUUCGGGCCUCUGUCUCCGGCCUGGACCUCCGCCAAGCCCAGGGCAGACGGCUCGGCCCAGGCAUGUUGUGACCUGCCGAUUCAUGCCUUUGGUCUAACCAACCCGUGUUUUGUACAUCCCCUCUUGUCGCCAAAAGAAUGGAUAUGGGAAGUGGGAAAAGGAGGAUAGAUAUCUAGGCGCGUAUCUAGAUAUUUAAGUGCAUAUGAAGUUAUCUAAAGAAAUAUGUCUUUAGUCCAGAACCGAAAGAUUUUAUUUUUUUGUAAGUUUCUCUCCUUUUCCCAUUGUCUGUUUCCUCGUCUCCAGCGACGGAAGGAGUUAGCUAUAGUUUCUAUAUAUUUAAAAGAAAGAAAUUUGGUGCUUGGUUGUGUAUUUUUGUUUUGUUUUAGUACUGUUUAACGAAUAUAACAGAAAUGUAACGAUGCAUUUUUAAAAUGAAUUUACCCAUUAAAGACAAUGUGUGAAUUUAAAGUGUUUGGUAUACUGAUAUUAGUAUGAUUUCUAUCAAUCAAUUUGAAUUAUUUAUUUUCUAUUUUAUCGUUUUUGUUAAUAGUAUAUAUAUAUAUAUGCAUUUUAUUGAAUGAGUUCGAGGUUUCCACUGUAGUGUUAGUCGGAAAACCGAAUUAUAUGUUUGUUGGUGCCAUAAGACAGAUGAAAGCGAGGAGCUCUAACCUCGUUUUCAAACAAGUAUAUCGAUUGUUCACAACAGCAACGGGCAGAAAAAAAAUGAAAAUGAAAAGAAAAGAUGAAUAUCGCAAAAGAAAAACAAAGCGAAAGAAUAAAAAUGACCCAAGCUUGAGACAAGGCAAUAAAUUCAAAUUUAUUGAUCCUGUGUCUUCAAAAAGACUGGGAUAAGAUCCGUCCUUAUAACACCCCCACCCACCCCUCACCCACCAACACCCACCAACACCCCCGACCACAAUCCCACCUACAUUAAUAUCUUCCAUCUUGCAAACCACAUUAUAUGUAGCAUACACCGUGUUUGUAUGUCUUGCUGCACCGUCUCGCUCUCACUUUGCGUGUGUGGUUGUUCUUUGCACACACACACAAUUUUGUUUUCUUAUUUUUAAUUGUUAUUAUCACAUCUUUUUAUCAUAAUUGGUGUUGGCUUAAUAAGCUCCACUCACAAAAUCUCAUUUGUCGAAUAUUUAUACGAUUUUUGUACACAUACUUUUCGUAUAUUCCAAAACUCACAGAAUUUUAUUAUAUCACUAUAAUAUAUUUAUUAAUAAAAAAAUGGAUACCAAGCAAAGCAUCGGUGUUGCAGCUUUUUUCUUUUUUUUUUCUUUUUUUCCCUCCCAUCAUUCUUGCUACAUCAAUGUGAGUUUUGUAACUUGUUCCUAACCCCAUUGUCUAUUUUUUUUCGGUUUCCCUCCCGCCUCUUCAAGUCUUGGGUUUUUAACGAUCUUUAUAUAUAUAUUUGUUUGUCUGUUUUUUUUAUUUAAUUUACUUGAGUGUUGCUUCUCGCUGCGUUUGCACUGGAGUUGCUUCUUCGUAUGUGCUUUAUUGUUAUCAAGGUGUUUUAGAAAGAUAAUUUACAAAAAAAGUAUAUAUAAACUUUUUUUUUUUUCAAAAAUGUGAUACUACAUUUAGCUCGACAAAUAAAGUGCUUGCUUAUUUCC